AUGGGUUCCCAGAUGUCUGGCGCUCCUGCUCCCGCUUCUUCCUCCGCUCCCGCUUCUCCCGGUGGCUCCGCCCCCCAGCCACCUUGCAAGAAGGUCAAGAAAGCGCCUGGCCCCGCGCGCGCGGCGUCUGCGUGGUGCGCGCGCUGCGUGCGCCACCUCGAGAAGGACAGCACUCAUCGCUGCCAUCACCAGACCGGCACCGGCAAGCGCUGCGCCCAUUGCAGCCAUGGCAACCGGACCUGCACUCCCAUCCCCUUCGCCGUGCGUGAGCCGCUCCAGGCCUUCCUUCGGGAUGGUGAGCGCGAGCGCCUCAUGGAGGCGAUCCGCCUCCUGCCCGCCGAGGGUGCGGUCGCUGCGGCCGCGCAGGUUGCGCCCGCCGCUGCCCCGGUGGUCGCGGAGGACGAGUUCAUGUCGCUGGUUCGCCGCGGUGUCGUUGCGCUCGAGAAGCUUGCGCGCGAGACGCGGGCGCUGCGCGUGCUCCGCGAGGAGCAGAUGGAGGAUAAGGAGGACGAUGAGGAGGAGUAA